CAUAACAUCCUCCUUCAACAACAACACCAUCUCCGCUGAAUCAUGAGGGUGGUGAACCUGGGUCCAGAUCCCUCUCUGGCAUAUCGUCCUGAUAGUCAUGACAAAGACAAAACAGAAUUCAGGAACUUUGAGAGUGGAGCUCUCUUUGACCGUGUGUUUAAUACAUACAAGCUGAUGCACACAUACCAAACACUGGACUUUGUCAAACAGAAGCAUCUGGAAUGGGCAAACUGCAAUCACUUCAGCAUGAGCAUGAUGAAGAACAUCGAUUCCCUGGACGAGCUUGUUGAUGAAUCCGACCCCGACGUUGACUUCCCAAACUCUUUCCAUGCCUUCCAGACUGCAGAGGGGAUCCGUAAAGAGCAUCCUGAUAAAGAUUGGUUCCAGCUAGUCGGUUUGAUCCAUGACAUCGGAAAAAUCAUGGCCUUGUAUGGGGAGCCACAGUGGGCUGUAGUUGGAGAUACCUUCCCAGUGGGAUGCAAGUUCCAGAAUUCAAUAGUGUUCAGAAACUCAACGUUUGAAGGCAAUCCGGAUGGAAAGAACCCUGCACUCAACACAGAAUUUGGGAUUUAUGAACCAAAAUGUGGACUUGAUAACAUCCUGAUGUCUUGGGGACAUGAUGAGUAUUUAUACCGGGUAAUGAAGUUCAACAAAUGCACCAUCCCUGAGGAGGGUCUUUACAUGAUCCGCUUCCACUCCUUCUACCCCUGGCACUCUGACGGAGACUACAUGCACUUAUGCAACAAGAAAGACCUGCAGAUGCUGCCCUGGGUCAAAGAGUUUAACAAGUUUGAUUUGUACACCAAGAGCACUGAACUACCGGACGUGGAGAGUCUGAGGCCGUAUUAUCAGUCUCUGAUUGACAAGUACUGCCCCGGGACACUGCGCUGGUGAACCUGUUCUCUUCUUCCAGUCGGUCCUAGUUCAAACAUGAAUGACACUUCAAAUCAUGUUUCGUUAUAGUUUUUGCUCUGUGGGCAAUAAAAAUGG